ACACUUUGAUAGCCGUGUUUGAUAACACUUUGAUAGCCGUGUUUGAUAACACUUUGAUAGCCAUGUUUGAUAACACUUUGUAACCCGCUGUUGACAGCACUUCAAUGGCCAUUUUCCAUAAAACUUUGGUAGUCAUGAAGUCGAUCAAAAUCUGGUAGCCAUUUCUCAUAACACUCCGGUAAUCAUUUCUCAUAAAACUUUGGUAGCCAUUUCUCAUGACAUGCUUUUAGACAUUUCUUAUAACAUUCUGAUAGCCUUUUCUCAUAGCACUCUGGUAGCUAUUUCUCAUUACAAGCCGGUAGACAUAUCUCAUAACACUCUGAUAGCCAUUUCUCAUUUCAUGCUGGUAGCCAUUCCUCCUAACACUCUGGUAGCCAUUUCUCAUAACACUCUGAUUGCUAUGUCUCAUUACAUGCUGUUAGACAUAUCUCAUAACACUCUGGUAGCCAUGUCUCAUUUUAUGCUGUUAGAUAUCUUUCAUAACACUCUGGUAGCCAUUUCUCUUAAAACUCUAGUAGUCAUUUAUCUUAACACUCUAGUGGCAAUUUCUCUUAACACUCUGGUAGCCAUUUCUCAAAACACUCUGGUAGCCAUUUCUCAUAACAGUUUGGUAGCCGUGCAGUCGGAAAUGAUAAGACUUACCCGUGCUAGUUAUUUAAUUAUUUUUGUUUAAAUAUUAUAUUUUGCAGCAAACAUGGGAAAUAAACAAGGAAGGCAUAUGUUGAAAUGGAGAAAUAAUGAGAAACGAUGCAACCAACGAGGUCAGUAUAUUCGUCAGGUCCCAUGUCGGGAACUGAUUGGCAGAGAAAGGCGGUGGUAGCACUGAGGUGCCAGCAAACCCUGGUGCCGGGCUCUGUUCACAUAGAUAAGAUAACAAACAGAAUGACCCAGAAUCCCCCAGAAUGGUCAUUUUAUUAAUGGAUGGGAAUCAUUGUGCUUGACUGGCCUGACCUAAAGCGGGACAGUCGUUGCUGUUUUGUCUUAAAUCUAGGUGAAAUUGCUGUUUUGACUUAAAGACACAUGGACAUUGCUGUUUUGAGUCAAAACCAGAUGGACAUUGUUGUUUUGACUUAGAGCAAAAUGGACAUUGCUGUUUUGAGUUAAAGUCGCAGGUAGACUUUUUUGUUUUGACUUAAAGUCCGAUCGACAUUGUUGUUCACAUAACGCUUUAGUUAAAUUGCUAUGCUGAGUUAAAACUAGACAGACAUUGUUGUCUUGACCAUGAAAACAGUGUCUGCAUUGCGUUUGGUCAAUAAGAGCAAUGUCUGUCUGACGUUAGGUCAGGUCAGUCAAGCACACUGUUUCCAAGCAUUUAUAAAAAGAGAACCAUCUUGAAUAAUACCAGAUGGAAUAUGAUCAGUUGAAUUAUGCCAGAUGGCAUUUGAUCAGUUGAAUUAUGCCAGAUGGCAUUUGAUAUGUUGAAUUAUGCCAGAUGGUGAUCUUCACAUUCACAAAAAUUCAACUUUCUCUCUUUGACCUAAAGUACUCGAUCGUAUUCCAAAAUUUACUUAUUGUUUCAGAGUCCAUACCAAGUCAACAGCCGGUCCAAGCGGACAUUUAUCUGGACAAAACUGGCACGCCAGAUCCCGCAGAUGACCCCGGGGUCCAAGGUGUCGACAUAUCGUCCAGUUCCGGCGAUGACCACCAGAAUGACACAAGAGACAAGGACGUGGUGACCGCACCACCUGAUUACUUCUACGUUUUUGAUUGCAAGGCUAUCGACCACGGUAAGCUGAGUGUGAAUUAUAUCUCAUUGCAGCGUUCGGGGAGGGGGGGGGAUUUUUCUUUUUGUGGGGUGGGGCCCUCAGCGAACAUGUACUCUGCAUAAGUUAUCUAUCUCUCGCUUAUACAGUUCAACAACAUAUUAAGGACACCGCUUCGUCCAAUCUAUUAAUGGUCUAUUAAGCACAUCACUUUAUCCAAUCUAUGUCUCAUAUAUUCAAACACAUAACCUCGGCAUAUCUGCACCUGAAACGUUAUAUAAAGAUCAAUCCUCUGUGUAUGGAAUUUUAUACGUAUAGAUACAUAACUUUGCCGACGCUAUCAUAAUAUCUGAUCAUCCUCCCAAUGUAAAACAAGGUUUCUGAAUGAUUAGAGUGUGUCAUUUCUAACACCCGAAAACGCCACAUCGCUUUACGUAAAGCUAUUUUUUUAGACGAUGUUAUCGUAAAACAAAGCUUCUAAAAACAUAUUUCCGCAAGCUCAUUAAAGCAGUUAAAAUUUGUUCGUAAAAUAAUAAAGUUGCCAACACGUUUCCGUCUAGGUUUAUGCCCAUUAUGCUGGCUCGGGGCCGGCGCUAGGGGAUGGCGAAGUGUAUUAAAUAAUAUACCUAAGCCUACUAACAGUUGCUAAUCCAGUCAACCUUGAUAUUGGUAACAAUGGAGCUGCGAGGAGUAAUUUGCUCCAGAGCAAUUAACUUUUAUAGGAUCAAAAAAGAGAUUUCGGGAACUAAGCGAGUGAACAAAUAUCCGUUAUGACGCGUCCCAUUAUGACCAGCAAGGCCACAGUACGACUAUAAGGUGUCUUAAUAUCCUAUCGGCGGAAUAUAUAAUGUCAACGGCCCCGCAAAGUUCAAUUUUCCCUAAGGACCAGCCCCCUCCUAGCGCCGGAUCUGGCUGGCUCACAUUGACGUAAAAGUACUAAACAGCUACUGAGACACUGGCCAAACGGAAUACCAGGAAGUUUUAUUCUUAAUAUCUUAAUGAGAUUGAGCAGACUGUUUGCCCGCAUGAAGAUUUUCUUAGAAUUGGAAGAGAAUAUAGGAUGAUUUUUUUUUUUACAGAAUCGAUAACAGUUGCAGCGACGCUCAUCAUAGAUUGAUGUCGCAUGCUCUUAAAACAUUAAAAACAACUCAGUUGAACUAAUCGAAACAUUUUUAAUCAUGUCUAUUUGUUUCUCUCUCUGUCUCUCGGAGUAAUUCUAGGUGACCACGAGGUUGAAGAGAGCGAUGAAGCCGGGUCAGAUCUGCACAGUCGUAAAGCAGCGUGCAGCAAGAACCCUGGACACACGCACUUCAUCCCCGUGGCAUCGUUCACCAUCGACCACCUGCCGGAGGACUACCGACAGGACGCCAUAUUUCAGUUGAUCCAGCUCCAGGCAAGGCUCACCGUGAAGAUCUCGACCAGGUGCGUGAGUCCCGACAGACCCGAGUUUUACCCGGACUCGGACGCCCCUUACCCCUUCUACAACAGGUGUGGGGACAAGUUCACGAGAAACGGAACUGGGAUGAUCUGGGAGGUUCAAAAGUACACCCCGGAAGCCAACAUCCCGUGCCCAUGCGCACAGUGCCUAAACUCACCCGACCCGAUCACGAGCUAUGGAUACGUUCGGAUCCAAACGGCCGCCCACGUGGUCUUCGACGAGAUCGAGGCUCGGGAAUCCGCCUGUUUCUUCGGCUACGAUUCGGAAGACGGAAAUCCCGUGGUGAUUGACUGUUUAUCCCAUUUCGACCUUGACAUUGCCAACGAUGAGUCGUUUCUGAGCUGCUACGUCCACGACGAGGAUCUAGUGAACGCCUUGGUGGACGCCAUGACAGGUUACGAGCAGCUCUGCGGGAUAGUCAGCGAGGUGUACUGGCCGUACCGCCUGCACGCCCGGCUGACCGUGAUCGCCUCCCACCCUCACGGGUGCUCCAAGCAGAUCUCGUUGGGGGAGUGGACGCGGAUGAACCGGAUGUACGGGAGCGACAACGUCACGACGUACAAUUACACCACGUGCACGUGUCCCGGAAGUAGCGGGGCGUACGUGUACUUGCUGGGGAAGCCCCGUCGUGGUUUCCAUCAUGCUCACAAGGGAACUAACUCCUAUGGGAAUUGCAGUGGUAUCGGAAUAGAUUAA